AUUAAAUAUUUGAUUUUAUAUCACUUUCGUUGAAUUGCAAUUAGUUUUUUUUCACAUAUCGAUCGUGCCGAUGUUAUUGGCGAAAUUAGAUUUAUUACCUGUGUGACAUACCCCCAAUGAACUACCCCCUGCAGACUUUCGUCGCGCUAUAGAAAUCUUUUAUAUCUUUUAUUGCAAGCAGAACGAUAUCAAGUGGGGGAUGGAUAUUCGUUAUAUAAAAUGCGAUAUGCAAAUUUUUAAAUUCAGUAUGAAAACCUAUGGACACGCCACUCGACCUGUCUCUCCGGAAGACCGGAAACGGUCAGCGCAAACCGGAUCUCAAGUGCGUCUACUGCAAGAAGGCAUUUGAUAGGCCGUCGCUCCUGAAGAGACACAUUCGCACCCACACCGGAGAAAAACCACACAUUUGCGAUAUAUGUAAAAAGGGCUUCUCUACGUCGAGUUCAUUAAACACCCAUCGCAGAAUUCAUAUUGGUUUAAAGCCGCACGUUUGUCCACUUUGCGGCAAAUGUUUUACAGCCAGCUCGAAUCUCUACUACCACAAAAUGACACAUACAAAGAAUAAGCCGCACAAAUGUGAUGUCUGCCCAAAAUCGUUCCCGACGCCCGGAGAUCUCCGAUCCCACAUGUAUUUGCACACAAAUUCUUGGCCUUUUCGAUGUCCCACAUGCUACCGAGGAUUCAGCAAACCAAACAAUUUGAAAAAUCAUUAUUUCAUACACACAGGUGAGAAACAGUACGAAUGCGACGUUUGCAAGAAGAAGUUUGCACUUCAGUGUAACUUAAAGGCUCAUGAAAAGUUACAUUACACCAAAGACGCCUGA